AUGGCGGCGAUAUAUAAACCUACGGAAGCGAUACAGCUUCUUCGACCAGUCACUAAACGACCAAUUAGCUUUCAGCGAAGACGGGCGGCGCGCGUAGCAUUCUCUACUUCCCGGCCCACACAAUCAACACAAACGAGCAAAGGUCCUCUGGAACCCAAGAGAAGAGCAGUCACAAUCGCCAAUGACACGGGUGCAGUACGCUGGAGCGAACUCUCGCCCGGGGAGAAGGCAUCGCGGACGGUCCAGCAGUCAAUGAACCUCUCUAUAGUCGUGGCCGGCAUUGUCAUGACAGUAGGCAUUCUUUACAUCCCUUCCAUUAUCUUGACUUACACAAUCAAGUGCGGCGUAGGCUACUUCCUCUUCUCCGACGUUUUCAGCCCCGACUCCAAAACCGCGCACUUCAACCGCGCAACAACCGCCAUCCGCACCUCUCCCGAAUGCCAGCGCCUGCUCGGCCCCGGCAGUGAAAUCGCCGCUCACGGCGAAGCCUCCUGGAGCCGCUGGGCGCGCAACCGCUACAUCACCUCCAGCACGGAAACAGAUAAGUGGGGCACCGAGCACUUACGGUUUAGAUUUUACGUGGAGGGACCGCUGGGACAGGGUGUGGUCCAUGUACAUCUGACGAAGAGGCCCAGUCAGAACGAGUACGAGUAUCACACAUUGGCGGUGGAUGUGAAGGGGCAUCAGAGGGUGUAUUUGGAGAAUGCGGAUGAAAAGACAGGGGGGAAGGUUGCGCCGAAGAUUUUUGGGGCGCGGUGGUGGUGA